GGUGGUUCGUGCAAGGAGCGAUGAGACAACGCUGGCACGCUUCCUUCGUGAUGGCCCGUUUGAUUCCAGUUGUAUCUCGUGUUUCGACGUUCAUGUGGCAGGUUUUCCGCUUAUCCAUAGGAACGACACGUGACAAAUAAUCGACGAGAAUUAUGGAUGAGGAAUGGGAUGUGGACAAUGUCGAAGUGAAAUUCGACCUCGCGAUGAGAUCGAACAAAUGGGAGGGCGAGGACGAGGAGGAAGACGUCAAGGACAGCUGGGAAGAUGUAGAAGAAGAAAAGAAAGAUGUAGAGAAACCAGCAGAAGCACCAAAAACAAAAUCAAAACCUAAAAAAGCUUUAGCUGAAAGAAUCGAGGAGCGUGAGAAAAAGGCAAAAGAGGAAGCUGAGAGGAAAGCAAAAGAAAAGGAGGAAGCACUUACACCAGAAGAAAGGCGACUUGAAUUAUUAAGACGUCAAAGGUUGCAAGAGGAGGCAGAUUUACGACUGGCAAUGGAAACUUUUGGUGUGACAGAGGUAGCAAAUGAAUCGAUUGAUACCAUGGUACCCGAUACAAAAGAGGAGUUUGAGCGAUUUGGCACAGUACUAUCGCAAAAAAUUAAUCAAUUUAACAAACACGCAGAAUUUCCAGCAUUUGCAGAAGAGCUCAUAAAAUCCAUUGCUCUUAAUUUAUCGUCAAAUUACUUGAAAAAAGUAAAAACUAUAGUUGACAACUUACUUAUCGAAAAGCAAAAGAUGGAAAAGGGCGAGAAGGCCAAAAAGAGUAAGGGAAAAGGAAAGGCCAAGCUCAAAAUCGAAGGCGACAACACCUUGUUAAGCGAAUAUGGUGAUUAUGUAUAUGAUGAAUACGACGAUUUUAUGUAGCGACUUUUCACAUAUUCAUACAUUCUAGUCGCCUAAAUAAACGCAGAGAAAUAUUAAUUUGCAGAUUUAUACAGAAACUUUAUAUUUGUAUUUUCUGCAUAUUGAAUUGUAACCAAAAUGUACAACAGAAAAACAGUUUAAACUAUAAUCCGUGGUACCGUUUACACCUAAAAAGAUGAAGAAAUAGAAAUGAAAACUAGUAUAUUAUUGAUGAAAAUGCUUAAAAGCAAACACUUCAAUAAUUAUAGUGGUGAUAUAUACUCAUAGUUACAUGGAACAGAGUUAAAUGUUUUUAUGAUUUACAUGUUGAGUUUUAUUGGAUUUUUAUUCAUGUGUCAUUCAUUUAUUAAAUUUUCAAUUUAAUUUAUAUUAAUAUAUAUUAAUAUCAAUAAUCAGAUUUUUAAUAUUAAAAUAAAAUAUUGUAUGUAAUAUUUGUGCGACUCUAGCUAUUCCUCAAUUGUGAAUCUAUUAACAUUAAGUAAAACAGAAGGGGUGAAAUUACAUUCAUAUCUUUGGGUUGUAAUCGUAUCCUGUAAACUGUUAAAAAGGAAAAUUCGUCUUUAUAUAGCUGCGUCAUUGCAAAUUGAAUCCUGUAAUUAAUUACACACAUUAUGGAAGUUUUAUAUAUAACACAGCUUAUACAUACAUACACAUAUAUAUUCAUACACAUACCUUUAUUGAAGAUCAAUUACAAGUUGGUUUUGAAAAGAGUAUAUUCCUAAAUAAAGGUUGAUUAUAAAUUA